UCCACGUAAAAUGUUCUGCGAGGUGUUUUAACUACGGGCAUAUUUUCUAGGGAUUCUAUUUCUACGAGCUUUAUUUCUACGGUCUUUAUUUCUAUUAUUAUUAUUUUCCAUUCCGGUCAUGGCUUUUCUUUUUAAACUGUUUACCCUCUUGGCAGUGGCCGCCCUUUCCAUCCAAAUGACUUUGGCAUUGGAGUUUAUGGACGAAGACUUCCUGGGAAACGAGGACGAUCACCACUUGGACGAAGAGUUCUCCGCCGAAGUGCCUCGAGUUUUGACUGGUUACACCAGAGACACGAUCGCGCAUUUCAAUCCCCGCAAAGCGGAUGGCGGAUUUCGACAGCUCUGGGAACGAGUUCCUCUGCAAAAAGGCGUUGAUAUCAAGCGGAGAUAGGAGUUCUUACUCAUACUCAUAACUUACGAGUAUACCCAAAGUCAUCUCCAUUACCAAUUGAAAUACAUUACAUUACCAACCAAUACCAAUGUGGAUAAUAUUCAAAAACAAUACUUAUUUUAAUCAUUUUUUUUUAUUAAACUAUUUAUGAUGAUAAUUUUAAAAUAAAAGCUUUUAAAAACAUUAAAUGCCAGUUUGUUCUAGAACCGCAGACCCCGCACCCCAAAAAUAAAUCCUUUUAAUAAUAUAAAACAUGUCAACUAACAAUAUUGUAUAUUUAAAUCGUAGUAAGAGUGUGAUUGUAAAGUAAUAAAGUUUUUUUUUUAAUA